GCAGGCUGUCAUCCCAACACAGGCCGAGGAAACGCACCCGAACCCGCCGAACCGACGACACCGAGACGCGAACGGAACCGAAACCGAACCGCUCAAGCUAGUUUUAAUUCUCUUCUGAAGGAGGCGCAGUGACAAGCCGCAAACAUGGACACCACUACGUCCAUCAAGAUGACCACUCUGGCCAUCCAGAAACUGUUCAGCCAUGUGGAGGAGGAAAACCUGGCCGCUCUCAAAGCUCACCUGGACCGAUUCAAGGAGGUGGACGGACGCAGCGACAACGGUCAGACUCCUUUGAUGCUGGCAGCGGAGCAGGGCAGUCUGGAGAUCGUCCAGGAGCUCAUCAGGAGGGGAGCCAACGUAAACCUGGACGAUGUGGACUGCUGGUCGGCUCUGAUCUCUGCAGCUAAAGAGGGUCACGUGGACGUGGUGAAGGAGCUGCUGGAGAACAGCGCCUACAUCGAGCACAGAGACAUGGGAGGCUGGACAGCUCUGAUGUGGGCGGCUUACAAAGGUCGUGUAGAGGUCACCCAGCUGCUGCUGGAGCAUGGAGCAAACCCCAACACUACAGGACAGCAAUACAGCGUUUAUCCCAUCAUCUGGGCCGCGGGUCGAGGGCACUCCGACAUCGUCAAGCUGCUGCUGCACAACGGAGCCAAAGUCAACUGUUCUGACAAGUAUGGCACCACUCCUCUGAUCUGGGCCUCCAGGAAAGGACACUUUGACUGUGUGAUGCACCUGCUGGAGAACGGAGCCGACGUCGACCAGGAGGGGGCGAACUCGAUGACGGCUCUGAUCGUGGCGGUAAAAGGCGGCUACACCGAGGUGGUGAAGGAGCUGCUGAAGAGGAACCCCAACGUCAACAUGACCGACAAAGACGGAAACACAGCGCUGAUGAUCGCCGCCAAGGAGGGAUACACUGAGAUCGUCCAGGACCUGCUGGACGCCGGGACGUACGUCAACAUCCCAGACCGGAGCGGCGACACGGUGCUGAUCGGAGCAGUGAGGGGGGGACACGUGGAGAUCGUCAGAGCUCUGCUGCACAAAUACGCCGACAUCGACAUCAGAGGACAGGAGAACAAGACGGCUCUGUACUGGGCCGUGGAGAAAGGAAACGCCACCAUGGUGAGGGACAUCCUGCAGUGUAACCCCGACACUGAGACCUGCACCAAGGACGGAGAGACUCCUCUGAUCAAAGCCACCAAGAUGAGGAACAUCGAGAUCGUGGAGCUGCUGCUGGACAAAGGAGCAAAAGUGUCGGCCGUCGACAAGAAAGGAGACACCCCCCUCCACAUCGCCAUCCGCGGUCGGAGUCGCCGUCUGGCCGAGCUCCUCCUCAGGAACCCCAAAGAUGGCCGCCUGCUGUACCGACCCAACAAGGCCGGAGAGACGCCGUACAACAUCGACUGCAGCCACCAGAAGAGCAUCCUCACACAGAUCUUCGGAGCUCGUCAUCUGUCCCCCACAGAGACCGACGGAGACAUGCUGGGGUACGAUCUGUACAGCUCUGCACUGGCCGACAUCCUGAGUGAACCCACCAUGCAGCCUCCCAUCUGCGUGGGUCUGUAUGCUCAGUGGGGCAGCGGCAAGUCCUUCCUGCUCAAGAAGCUGGAGGACGAGAUGAAGACGUUUGCGGGGCAGCAGAUCGAGCCGUUGUUUCAGUUCUCCUGGCUCGUCGUCUUUCUGUCGCUGCUGCUCUGCGGCUCUGUCGCCAUCGUCCUCGGCUUCACUGUCGACCCCAAGCUGGCCAUGGCCGUCUCCCUCAGCCUGCUGGCUCUGCUUUAUCUCUUCUUUGUGGUGGUGUACUUCGGCGGGCGUCGGGAGGGCGACAGCUGGACCUGGGCGUGGCUGCUCAGCACCCGUCUGGCCCGUCACAUCGGGUAUCUGGAGCUGCUGCUGAAGCUGAUGUUCGUGAACCCGCCGGAGCUGCCUGAGCAGAGCACCAGAGCUCUGCCUGUCAGGUUCCUGUUCACGGACUACAACCGUCUGUCCAGCGUCGGAGGAGAGACGUCGAUGGCAGAGAUGAUCGCGACGCUGUCCGACGCCUGCGAGAGAGAGUUUGGUUUCCUCGCAACACGUCUGUUCAGAGUGUUUAAGACGGAGGAAACACAAGGCAAGAGGAAGUGGAAGAAGACGUGCUGCGUGCCAUCUUUCAUCCUCUUCGUCUUGGUGCUGGCCUGUCUGAUCACCGGCAUGGCGCUGCUGGCCGUCUUCAGGGUGGACAGCGAGAACCGCACAGUGAACGCGGUGCUGAUCGCCAUCGGCAGCGUGGUGGGUCUGGCUCUGCUGCUGAACUGCAGGACGUGGUGGCAGGUGACCGACUCUGUGCUGAACUCGCAGAGGAAGCGGCUGCACAGCGCCGCCAACAGGAUGCACAAACUGAAGAGCGAAGGCUUCAUGAAGGUCCUGAAAAACGAGGUGGAGCUGAUGGCGAGGAUGGCGAAGACCAUCGAUGGCUUCACACAGCACCAGACCAGGCUGGCAGUCGUCAUCGACGGACUGGACUCCUGCGAACAAGACAAAGUCCUGCAGAUGCUCGACACGGUGCGGGUUUUAUUCUCCAAAGGCCCCUUCAUCUCCAUCUUCGCCAGCGACCCCCACAUCAUCAUCAAAGCCAUCAACCAGAACCUGAACAGCGUCCUCAGAGACUCCAACAUCAACGGACACGACUACAUGAGGAACAUCGUCCACCUGCCCGUCUUCCUCAACAGCAGAGGACUCUCCAGCGCCAGGAAGAUGUGUGCCGCCGCGCCCGCCAACGGAGACGCCACCAACGCUGAAGCAGGGUGGCACGAGGAGCUGGACAGGAAACUGUCUCAGCACAGUUUGGGAGAAUUAACCAAGUUUGGCAGCAAGACGGCGCUGAACCGCCGGGACACGUACCGCCGUCGUCAGGUGCAGCGCUCGGUGACUCGUCAGAUGUCAUUCGACCUGACCAAGCUGAUGGUGACGGAGGACUGGUUCAGCGACAUCAGCCCUCAGACCAUGAGGAGGCUGCUCAACAUCGUCUCUGUCACAGGUCGUCUGCUGCGAGCCAAUCAGAUCAGCUUUAACUGGGACCGCCUGGCGUCGUGGAUCAACCUGACGGAGCAGUGGCCCUACAGGACGUCCUGGCUCAUCUUGUACCUGGAAGAGACCGACGGAGUCCCGGACCAGGCCACACUCAAGACCAUCUACGAGAGAGUGUCGAAGAACAUCCCGACCACCAAAGACGUGGAGCCGCUGCUGGAGAUCGACGGAGACGUUCGCAGCUUCGAGGUGUUUUUAUCGUCACGAACGCCCGUCCUGACGGCCAGAGACAUCCGCACCUUCCUGCCCUGCACCGUCAACCUGGACCCCAAACUCAGAGAGAUCAUUGCAGACGUUCGUGCAGCCCGUGAACAGAUGAAUAUGGGCGGAGUCACAUACCCAGCCCUCCCCCUGCAGGAGGCUCAGCCCCGCCCCACCUCGGUCUACAGUCAGGUGUCGUCCACCUGCUCGCCCUCCGCCUCCUUCAGUGGACCCUUCAACCAGCCAGCGGGUGGCGUCGUCUCCCCGCAGCCUCACAGCAGCUACUACAGCGGCAUGGCGGGCCCCCAGCACCCGUUCUACAACAGGCCAUAUUUCUCCCACCACCUUUACCAGCUGCCACGCCCGCUCGUGGCCUCCUUCCCACCACAUCUCCAUCCACGCCCGCCCGCUAAAAGUUCCUACAGCAGGGACGCCGCCGGCGCACUUUAUAAGAAUUCAUCUUUGAAAAGGAAGCAGGGCUCGGCCUCUGUCGUGUCAGGCACUCCCCCCAUCCUCCUCAGCUCCAUGACAACGGAGGCCGUCUGUGAGCGCGUGCGGCAAAUCGAAGGCAUCGACCAGAACAUAAUGGGACAGUACACCGCCACCAUCAGGAAGGCAAACGUCAACGGCAGAGUUUUGUCUCAGUGUAACAUUGAUGAGCUGAAGAAGGAGAUGAACAUGAACUUUGGAGACUGGCAACUCUUCAGAGCCACGAUUCUGGACAUGCGUCACAUAGAGAGCCAGGUGCUGCACGAGGAAGCUGCCAGUGAGCAAGGCAGCGUUGUUGGCGGUCACACCGAGGCAGGAAGGCGAGCGGCGGCUCCGCCCCACGCCGGCGCCGCCAACACUGAUGCAUCGCCGAUGUACAGUUUCAACCUGAGUUUCGAGGAGCUGAGCAAUGUGGGGAUAGACGAGGCGCCGCGACACGGAAACAUGCAGUGGAUGGGCGGCCCUCACCGAACCGCCAGCAUGACCAGCCUCAACUCUCAGGAGUCCUCAAACGACAUCUCCAAGCUGACAGACAAGCAGCAGGCGGAGUACCGAGACGCCUACCAGGAGUACAUUGCUCAGAUGGCCCAGCUGGAGAUGGGCGGCGGCAGCAGCGGGGAGAAGCCCGUCCAGCCUCAUCCAGGUCAGUUCAUGACAUCAUCGUCUGACGACAAGAACAAGGACAGCACAGAGCCCGACGGACGCAAAUUCUUCAACAAGAGGAGCGGCAGCAAGCCGGCGGCAGACAACACCGAGUUCGCCUCCAACGGUGACGCACUGGACCCCAUCACGGAGGAGGACGAGAAGGCAGACCACGGAUCCUCCAAGUCCAUGCUGACCCGCAAGACCUCGGCUGAAAGAGUCGGGCUGUUCCAGGGCGCCGCUGACCUGAAGCUGAAGGCUGGUGGAGGGCUGCGCUACCAGAAGCUGACCAGUGACGACGAGGAGUCCGAGGAGUCGGAUCACGCCCCCCUGCUGAAAGACGGCAAGAAGGCGGUCGACCCCAAACUGCCUGGUGGCUCACUGGCGCUGAAGGGGAAGGACUACCUGUCAGACGCCAUGCUGGACAAGAAGGAUUCGUCAGACUCGGGCGUGCGGUCCAACGAGAGCUCGCCCAACCACUCGCUGCAGGACGAGGAGGCGGACCUGUCGCAGCUGGAGAGGGCCAACCUGAUCGAGCUGGACGAGGAGAGCCUGGCCAGGAAGCGCGGCCUUCCCAGCAGCCUCAGCGGCCUCCAGGACCCGGCCGUGGCUCGGAUGUCCAUCUGCUCCGAGGACCAGUGCAGCCUGCUGGCCAGCAGCCCCGAGGAGAGCUGGACCUCGUCAAAGAGCUACAACCUGAACCGCACACCGAGCAACGUCACCCUCAACAACAACACCAACGCCCAGCAGGGCAACCGCCCCCGCCAGCCCGCAGAGGGCUCCACCUCCUCCUCCAACCCCACCUCCUCCUCUUCCACCAGUGACGUCAUCCUCUCACCGAGCUCCGGGACCACCGGUACCACCACUACCAGGCCGGGGCCGAACAACGAGAACGUCCGAGUGGUUCACCUGAAGAGGGGCCUGAAACCUGGAGACCCGCCAGAGAUCUGCACCGUGUCCUCCGACACCGUUACCUUCGGCGAGGAGCGCGAGAGCAUCCUGUGAGCUCACAGCGAAGAUAAAGAGAGCACUGAGGGUCCACCAAGAGCUGCCCUCCAACCUCCCGAAGCAAUGAGAAAUGAAAAUAAGUCGUAAGAAGGUCAGUCUAGAGAUGUAAACAAUUAACAGGUCAAAGUUCUAAAAAGUCCUGAAAACGAACAAAGGAGAAAACACUGAUUGGCAUCGAGUUGAUCAAACAUCAGGUUUGAAAGCUGUUUGGCUAAAAUUGACAUAAUUUAGACUUUAAACCACUAAAACUGUUUCACUGACAUUUUAAAUAUCUUGUAGGAGGUGAGGAGCGGCUGCUGGUGGACUCGUAGUUUUCGUGUUUUGUGAUCGUCAGUGUUAACGCAUGCUCACGGCUGUAGACAGUAGAUGAACCUGAAGCUUCGUAGCGACGUAGACACUAAAGUAAAGCUGCUGCAUGUCGGUGUUGUGAUGCUGUGAUGUGAUGUGUCGCCUCCAGGAACCAACACUUCAUCGUUAUUUGUUUAGUAGACGUAACUGUCACAACUGGAACUUUGACACUUGUUGAACAGGGUCCAAAAAUCAGCUCGAAACUUGACAAACAGGCCAUCAGGAGGGUUUACAGUGUUCAGGGACGUGAAUCAGGGUCCAAACAUCUGAGACGAGGUUGAGCUGAAGUUAUCAGCUGGUUGAACCUGUUCCUGUAGAUAUGUAUGUACGGCUGUCUGAAGAGAGAGCUCAGCCACAGUCUGUCUCUGGAAGCUACAAGUCUACAAUUUCAUUGAGCUUUUAUCCAAAGCGACGUCCAUCUGAGAGCAGAUACAACACAAGCAAGGAUCUA